UUCAGGUCCACGUGAACAUAUUUUGAGCAAUGUGAUUCAUAAACUUAUCAGAUAAACCGAGCGUGAAUUGAAUUAUAGUGGCGUUCGAAUACUAUAAUCUGUGAAUUUGAAUGAAAGUGACAGUGAGACAUAGCUGGAAAUCGUUGCCGACGCUUUUUAAACCAAUAACGUAGAUUAAGGGACCUGUGCUUGUGUUGGUGCUGCGGACGCAGCGCUCAACAUGUGAGGUUAAAGCAGACAGACAAACAGACGGCGGCAACAAGCUAUAAAAAACAACAAUUUAUACAGGAGACAUAGGAUUAGGAUUCAAGAUCAACAGUGAAUAGGUGCCGUGCGCAGGCUGAAAUAUCCCAAAGCAAUCCCCUUGACACGAAAUGGACUCCCGAUUGCUGAAUGUUUUCCAUGAGGAUCCCUUCGACGGAAACUUUGCAAAAUAUGAGACCGAGCCGAGCUUCUGGUCUCCCAACGACGACCUGCAGUUGACGGAUACACUGAACGGAAUACUGCCCAUUGCACCCACAGACGCCCAUUCCCUGCUGGGCCACGACGGCGACGAGGAUGUGGAGUUGCAGAGCAGCAAGAACCUGCUGAUCUACAGCGAUUUCGUGGAGCAGCAGCUGAACGACCAAGAGGCUAACGCACUCAAUGCCCAGGUCUAUCAGGCCUUCGCCGACAGCGAGGUGGAAGUGGCCUACGAGCAGCACGAGCGUCAUUUGAGCGCCGCAGGCCAAUAUGGUGAUCUAGCCGUUGCAGGUCUUGGAGGAAGUCACAUAGAGGAGGAUGAGGAGGAAGGGGAGGAUGUGCAGAGUCAAUGCAGCAACUCUACGUUCCGCACGCGCACAGAUAGCUCCUCAAUUGGCGACUACGAGUCGCACUCGAGCGACUACGACGACGAUGACGAGGAACCAGUACCGGAACCGGAACUGGAACAAGAACGGAAACACAAUACGAGUCUGCUCAGAGGCAAUGUCGAUGCAUUGGAUGAGUGCAGCGAUCGCAAGAGUCGAACGCUGAGCACCAACACCAUUGUCUCGGAGGCGGAUGCCUUGGGGCUGAACAUUGACGUUAAUAACUUUGAUCUGGCUGAUUUUAUCACUAAAGAUGACUUUUCGGAGAACAUAAGCGCGUGCCGCUUGGCAGAGUCGAAGCGGAUCCAAGAAACAGCUUCACUUACUCACUCCAAAGUGUCAUUAGAGCCACCAUCUACUCCAUCAGGUAGUGCUGGUGCUGCCACUGCUUCUGUUGUGCGAAAGCCUACAGCUGUACCCACGAAGCUGCGCGACUCUGACGACGACUCAGACUCGAUCAUCGAUGUGGAAACUGUCGAUGUGGUGGACGUGGAUGAGACCUUGUGGGUCAAGGGCCAGCUGGCGCAAGCGGAGGCAGCUUCUCCCGAGGAUCUGUGCUAUGUGGACAAUGUGAAGGCCGAUCCAUCCUGGUCUCCGAAAGGGUCUGCGAAGAAACCACUGUCUCUUGCUAAAGAGCCCAAGCUGGCGCCGAUGGAAAACCAGGAAAUCCAGGCUCGAGGAGCCACCGGCUCAGCCAAGCCGAAGGCCACAAACAACAUUUGCCUGGUGCCCAACAAGAAGCAGUGCGACUUCCUCAAGCGUAAGGUGGCGGCAGGUGCCGCGUCCAAGUCGAAUAAAGCGGCCUCGAAGAAAACUCAAGAGGGUAAGAAAUCUGCAAUCGGCAGCAAGCAGCAGCGGCCUGCCGCUAGCACUGGCUUGGGCCUGGGAGGGAAGAAUCUGGCUCUUCUCAAGCAUAAUCGGGAAGCGGCAGCAGCAAGCGUGCCGCCAGUACCAGCAACGGCAACAGCAACAGCGCCCAAACGAAAACUUAAUCUGGAGGAGUACAAGCAGCGUCGCGGUGCCGGCGGCACUGCCGUCGCCAAGACCGGCACGAAGGUCAAGCCCACGCCUCCCAAACAGCCCAAGUUGGAGCAACAAAGGCCGCCCCCAACUGGCGCAAUGGGUGCUCUGGGCGCGCUGAAACCAAUGCCAGUUACAACGCCUUCGAACCAGCAACAACAGAAGACCGUGGCUAUAGCCCAGAUCGUCAACAGUCUCAAGUGCCCACCCAUUAAAGGGGGGCCAACAGCAGCAGCCCUGCCUAUGGAUCCCAUUACUGUGGCCAAGAACAAGGUGCUGCGCAUGCUGGAGAUGAAGCGGGCCCAGCAACUGAAGAUCAUCGAUUCGCGCGUGUCGGCAAAGGUUCCGCGCGUAACGAAGCUGCCGCCGCUCAAAGACAUUGUGAAAGAUACGUACCGCGUCGAAUUGGAGGAGGACAACAACAGCGAGGCUCCAACAGCAACAACGACGACGCCCAGAAUGAACACACUCCGCCCCGACUUGGACGCACUGAUUAUUGUUUCGGCCAGCUGUAACACGGACAUAACGAUACCACCGAACCAGCUGAGCAAGGCCUCGCCUCGCUCGCUGCUUAAGUCCUCGGUCCUCCUGUACAACAUGUCCAACGGCAAGGACGCGAAAAAGAACAUGAGCAACUCCCUCAUAGCCAGCAUACAGAGCGAGGUGGUGCGACAGACCAGCAGCACGGCCAUGGCCACGUUGCUGCCGAAGAGCAAUGCUGGCGGGGGCAAAGGAGCCAAGCCCCCGAGUGGGACUGAGACGAACGUGCCGCAUGGCGAGGAUAUGGUGAUCAUGCACUUGCCGAAGAACCGCGAGCGCAAAACUCUUGUCAACAUGUCUACCCAAACGGAUCUGCAACCCGAAUUUCCCCUCCUGGUGCUGCCCGCCACCACGCGGCAGUCACGCGAGCGCUCUAGGCGCAAAUACCGCAAACGGCGAGUCCCAGGCUCGGAUGAAUCUAGUUCCUCGAGAGGUUCCUCUUCGGAUAGCAGCAGCCUGGCUUCGUACAGAUCCCGGUCACGUUCCCGUUCCCGCUCCCACUCAAUAGAGCGGCUGCGCAGCUUGGAUGCAACGGCCACAUGCGGAGGCAGCAGUAUUGGCAACGGGGGCUAUUCCUCGCGCAGCACGCACCGUCACCGCAGCUCGGUUAGUUCGUCAUCGUACUCGGAGGCGGGCAAAUAUGAGCGCCGACAGCGUCGCACCAGCUACAACAAGCGACGCUCGAAAAACCAGCAGCCAAACCGGGCCGGCUACUCCAGUUCGGGCUCCGAAAUCAGCGAUCGGGAGCGUAGUCGUAGUCGCAGUCCGCAUCGCCCCUUGCGGCGUUCUCGUUCGCGCUCACAAUCUGAGGCGCGCUUCGAAAACAACAACAACAACAAUAGACGGGGAUUUGUGGAUCGGAACGUAUCACAGCCGGCGGUGGAGGAGCGCCGCAUUGUGUAUGUGGGUCGCAUUGAGCAGGAGACCACCAAAGAGCUGCUGCGCCGAAAGUUUCUGGCCUAUGGCAACAUUAAGCAGAUAACAAUACACUACAAGGAGAACGGCAUGAAGUACGGCUUUGUGACGUAUGAGCGAGCGCAGGACGCAUUCACGGCCAUCGACACAAGCCCAAAGGAUCCACAGAUCAAUAUGUAUGAUAUUAGCUUCGGCGGAAGACGCGCCUUCUGCCGUGCCUCGUAUGCCGAUUUAGACAAUGCUGGCAUCAACAACUACCACUCAUAUGUGUUUCCCAAGGAAGCACCGGCCCCAAAGCCGCAGGAGGACUCCUUUGAAGCUUUGUUGCUGAAAGUAAAGGCAAAGCUGAAUGCUGGCAAGCCAGAAACACCAGCAACUGGACCAUCAACUGCACCAGCAGCUGCACCGGCGCCAGAUCACAGUCAGAUUUGACAUCUUUGCUCCAACAGACAGUUUUUCGUAUUUUUACUUUACUUUUUACGUUUGUUUAGCCUGGAAGGUGAGCAGCCCUUCCUAUCCUUACUAUCUAUAUGCCACACGGCAUGGCAUGUGUCCGUAGACCAAUUCCCAAAGUUUCCAACUCUGACCUGAACGCCUGAUUAUAAUUUCUAAUCAUUUCAAUAUCGUACACUAGUUGACAGCAGAGCUAUGCGUUGCAAGCAACGAGACUAUUACACUAUACAUAUAUGCUAGGAUAAUUCUGGAGGGCGAGAGUGGAAACUACUACAACUACAAAUGAGACAAGAAAUUUGAACGAAAAUGGAAUUGUGAUAGCCGCACGUAAGGUGCACACAAAGUCAUUUAUUGCGGAUAAGUUAGCAAGAAAUCCAGAGAAGAAACAGACUCCACAGACUCAGAACAGCCUUGUAACAAUCCAUCAUCUAUCCACCCCCAUACAACCAUACACCCCUGAAACUGAACUAAAGUAUAAACGUCUGAACGAGCGAGAGGUGACACCAGGUCGCAGAAAUAGCGAGAGGAACACGCUACACAGCCGUUCGCUGAAUAGAAUAUAAUAUAUGUACAGCGAUCAUGCAUAUAUCUAUAGUUGAGAGAGCAAGGAGCGCGCAUGCUACAUGCGUCGGCCACGAAUUAAACUGUUGAUAACUAAACUUUGAUAUUAGUUUGUAAAGAGAAUAUUUUGUAUGUACGUUUAAUUUACUCGAUGUCCUUUGAAUAACCACAAACAACCACACAAUACAGAACACACAAACACCGCCAAACGUAAACUCUGCAAGCACACAAUCCACAGAAGCAAGACCGAAAUUAAAACGUAAUUCGUUUAAACAAACAAAUCUAAUCCAAGGAAGGAAAUUAUUUCAUUUUUCAUAUCGAAAUUACAAAACCAUGAAACCCAAACUGUGGCACACAUACAGUGUAGCCCAAGACACAAAAAUCGUAAUGGUACGAGUAACUAAGUAGACACCACAAAUUUUUCUUUAAGUUCUUUUGUACAAUUAUCCUUUUUAUAGAUUAAUAAAUGCUUGUUAGAUCCAGCAAAAUGAAUUGAAA